AUGGUUGGCCUCACCCUUGGAGGUGGCAUUGGACGCCAGCAGGGAACAGACGGCCUGGUGCUUGACGCUCUCCUAUCUGCCCGCGUUGUUACAGCCUCUGGCCAGGUCCUUGAAGCCUCUCAGACCUCCAAUCCUGAUCUCUUCUGGGCCAUUCGAGGUGCCGGGCAGAACUUUGGCGUCGUCUCCUCUGCAAAAUACCAGCUGCAUCCAUUGACUGGUACAUUCACGAGCAUUGACCUUGCCUUCCCAGCCCAUCUCAAUUCCUCCUACUUCCACGCCCUCGCCGAGUUCAACCUCUCUGAAAAAUGGGCAAUCGCCUCGUACAUAUUCUACGACACUGCCACUGGAGAGGCCGGCCUAAGAGCAAGCUGCGUCUACCACGGCCCCAAAGCCCAGGCUAUCUCACUGCUGGCUCCAAUCCUCGAUCUCGGACCCAAAGAAAAGAACAUCACCGAACUCCCAUGGAACCGCCUCACAGCGGAGGGCUCCUUCGGAUGGGACGCCAUGAUCUGUACACCAGGAGGCCAGCACGAGCUCUUCGCUGCGAACCUGCGCGAGCGCAACGCCACAGCCUGGGUGUCCAUGUUUAACACCAUGAACGACCUAUUUGCCUCGACGCCAGGUGCGCGUAAGGGAACGGUGCUUUUCGAAGCUUGGUCGAAUCAAGCUAUGAAGGCUGUGCCGGAUGACGAGACGGCCUAUCCGUGGCGGGAUACGCAGGUGUAUCUGAGUGUCCAGAAUGCCUGGACCGAGGGAGACGAUGGUGCUAGAGAUGCAGCUGCGGCCACUGGACGUGCUAUCCGUGAGGAACUCGCUGAGACCUCUGGAUAUGGAGGGCUUGCUGUGUAUGUGAAUUAUGCACAUGGGGAUGAAACCAUCGAGGAGGUUUAUAGCGAGAGAAAGUUGCCCAGACUGGCGGAAUUGAAGAGGAAGUAUGAUCCUGAUAAUGCCUUUGGGUAUUAUCAUGCUUUACCGACUGUUUAUCCCUGA